AUGGAGCCAGCAAACGACAACGUCGAAUCAAAGACAGAUGUGCUCAUCAUUGGAGCAGGGCCAUCAGGUCUGAUGGCAGCGUACUGGAUGGCCCGCUGUGGUAUCAACGCGCGCAUAGUGGACAAGCGGGGGACUAAAGUGUUCACAGGCCAAGCUGAUGGUUUACGCUCAAGGACUCUGGAGCUUUUUGACAGUAUAGGAUUCCAGCAUCGUGUCCACCAGGAGGGUCAUGUAGCUGUUGAAGCUAACUUUUGGGUCCCUGAUGGGAAGGGCAAUCUCAUUCGACAGGGUCCACACUGCAGCUCCAAAGUCAACGAGUCACCCUUCCGCAAUAUGCUACUGAAUCAGGGCCGCAUUGAGCGAUUCUUACUAGACAGUAUACAAGAACAUUCUGACCUUCAGGUUGAGCGAGGUGUGAUUGCAGAGACGUUUGAAUAUCACAAUGAAGUGGACGACGAUCCAAUGGGCUAUCCAAUUACCGUUAAGCUACGAACUCUGAGUGACGAAGCCAACCCUCCAGGUCUCCAUAUGGCAGGGCCAAACCAGAGCGCAGUGGCGAGUGGAGUGGCUCCAGGUAAUCUACUACCAGACGACUGGAUCGAACUGAUUGCAAAGAGCAAAGCAAAAGAAACCAAGACGGAGAUCAUCAAAGCCAAAUAUCUCAUUGGCUGCGACGGGGCACACAGCUGGACGAGGAAGCAGGUGAACAUCCCUUUAGAAGGGUCAACUACAGAUCACAUUUGGGGUGUGAUUGAUGUAGUUCCCAUUAGCAACUUUCCGGAUAUCCGUCGCCUAGGAACUGUGACCCAUGCGUCGGGUACCAUCCUCGUCAUUCCCCGGGAACGAAACAUGGUCCGUUUAUACGUUCCAGUACAGACAAUCGAAGCAAGCGCCGCCAGUGAAGGCCGUUUUGAUCGCUCAAAAAUUACAUUGGAGAUGAUCAAGGGGCGAGUACAAGCAAUAUUUGCUCCGUAUACAUUCGAUUUCCAGAUAUGCGACUGGUGGACCGCAUACCAGAUUGGGCAACGCAUUGCACCAACUUUCUCCAAAGGAAGCAGAAUAUUUCUCGCUGGAGAUGCAGUACAUACUCAUUCGCCAAAAGUGGGCCUGGGAAUGAACAUGAGCAUGCAAGACGGCUUCAAUAUCGGCUGGAAAGUGGCCCUGGUAGCGGCAGGUGCUGCCCAGGCAUCAAUUCUGGGUACUUACGACGCGGAGAGACACCGUCUGGCCGAGAUGCUGCUCGAUUUUGACCGACAUUGGUCCGGGCUGUUCACCGACGGCGACGGAGAGAGCAAAACCCGCAACAUGAUCAAAGUCGUCGAACUGUUUGAAGACUUUGCGGAGGGAAGAAAUUCAUUCUAUGGCACUAGUGAGCUCGUGUGGAAGCUUGAGAAUGAUGAGGGUCCUCCUGCAGCUCGGCAUAUGAUCCCUGGCGAGCGUUUUCCUCCGGUUAAGCUGCGCAUGCAAGCAGAUGGUAACCUCAGAUGGACAACAAGACUUCUGGAAAGCGAUGGACGAUUCCGGGUGGUAAUCUUGGCGGGUGAUGUCCGAACAGCAACCCAGAAGGACCGGCUUUUGGUCUUGACACAACAUCUCUCCAAAAGCGAUGGGAAACAAGGGGCGGUACUUGACCGUUAUGCUCCGAUUGUAGGGUGUUUCGAUUGCGUUAUUGACGUGAUAGCCAUCCACAGCGCGCCGUGGACUGAAGUGGAAUUUUUUGAUUUCCCAGAGAUCCUGCGCCCAUUUGAUCCUGUCCAAGGGUGGAAAUACGACAAAGUUUGGUGCGAUGAUGCUUGUAUCUGGGAUAGGGAUUGUGAUGGAAAGGGCUAUGAGCGAUGGGGAGUGGACCGAUUGCUAGGCGCCAUGGUGGUUGUUCGUCCUGAUCAAUAUAUCGGAUGGGCUGGUGAGCUGCAAGAGGUUGAUGAGUUGACUCGUUACUUGGAUGGCAUUUUGAUUCAGAAGACAGCCAACGAGGGCUUGUAG